AUGCAGGACGCCUAUCCAAGCAUGUUUCUGGCAGUGAACAAGCUCUUCUGGCUCAACCAGAUGUCAGGGCUGAAGCACCACCUGCUUUACACAGAACUAGUGAGGACCACUCCUAAAACCUGGUCUUUGCCUGGCCUAAGAAUGACCACUUGCAAUAAAGUCCCUAUCAAAGCAGUGGCCAUCCAGGGCACUUUUGCACAAGACAAGAACAGUGCAAGACAGAGAAGUGUCGAUGUGAUCUGGAACACGGCGCUUCACUUUGCUGCCAGGGAAGGCCAGGCCAAAGCCGUCGGGCUGCUUCUGAGCCGCGAUGCUGACAUAGUCCUGAACAAGCAGCAGGCCUCGUUUUUGCACCUCGCGCUCCACAAUAAGCGGAAGGAGGUGGUUCUUACAGCCAUCAGGACCAAAAGAUGGGAUGAAUGUCUUAAAGUUUUUAGUCAUCAUUCUUCAAGCAACAAAUGUCCGAUCACGGAAAUGAUAGAAUACCUUCCUGAAUGCAUGAAAGUUCUUUUAGAUUUCUGCAUGUUGCAUUCCACAGAGGACAAGUCCUGUCUAGACUACCAUAUUGAAUAUAAUUUCAAAUAUCUUCAAUGUCCAUUAGAAUUCACCAAAAAAGGAAGACCUACACAGAAUGUUGUAUACGAGCCUCUUACAGCCCUAAAUGCAAUGGUACAAUAUAACCGCAUAGAGCUUCUCAAUCAUCCUGUGUGUAAAGAAUACUUACUUAUGAAAUGGGUGGCUUAUGGAUUUAGAGCCCAUAUGAUGAACCUAGGAUCUUACUGUCUUGGUCUCAUACCUAUGACUCUUCUUGUUGUCAAUAUAAAGCCAGGAAUGGCUUUCAACUCAACUGGAAUCAUCAAUGAAACUAGCGAUCAUUUGGAAAUAUUAGACACCACGAAUUCAUAUCCAAUAAAAGUUUGUAUGAUUUUAGUGUUUUUAUCAAGUUUAUUUGGGUAUUUCAAAGAAGUGGCCCAGAUUUUCCAACAGAAAAGUAAUUACUUUCGUGAUAUUAAUAAUCUCCUUGAAUGGAUUAUCUACACAACAAGCAUCAUUUUUGUGCUGCCCUUGUUUUCUAACAUACCAGCUUUUAUGCAGUGGCAAUGUGGAGCAAUUGCUAUAUACUUAUACUGGAUGAACUUCUUGUUGUAUCUUCAAAGAUUUGAAAAUUGUGGAAUUUUCAUUGUUAUGUUGGAGGUGAUUAUGAAAACUUUGUUUAGAUCUACAGUUGUAUUUGUCUUCCUUUUUGUGGGUUUUGGACUCAGCUUUUAUGUCCUCCUGAAUAUACAGGACACCUUCAGCACCCCGUGGCUAGCCAUAAUCCAGACCUUCAGCAUGAUGCUGGGAGACAUCAGUUACCGGGAUGCCUUCCUAGAACCGUUUUUGAGAAAUGAAUUGACGUAUCCAUUUCUGUCCUUUCUGCUCCUUAUCACCUUCACAAUAUUUGUCCCAAUUGUCCUCAUGAAUUUACUUAUUGGUUUGGCAGUUGGCGACAUCGCUGAGGUUCAGAAACAUGCAUCACUGAAGAGAAUCGCUAUGCAGGUGGAACUUCAUACCAGCUUAGAGAAGAAGCUGCCAUUCUGGUUCCUACGCAGAGUGGAUCAGAAAUCCACCAUUGUCUAUCCCAACAAACCCAGAUCUACUGGGAGGUUAUUUAAUUUAUUUUGUUACUUGUUUUGCAACCGAGAAAAAAGACAAGAAACACCAAAUGCUGAUACAUCUUUGGAAAUGGAAAUUUUGAAACAGAAAUACCGGCUGAAGGAUCUCACUGUUCUUCUCGAAAAACAGCAUGAGCUCAUUAAACUCAUCAUUCAGAAAAUGGAGAUCAUCUCCGAGGCAGAGGAUGAAGAUAACCAUUGUUCUUUUCAAGACAAGUUUAAGAAAGAGCAGCUGGAACAAAGGAAUAGCAAAUGGAAUUGUGUGUUGAAAGCAGUCAAGGCAAAAACGUACCAGCCAGAGCGUUAGUUACCAACAGCUUUCAUGGGGCUUCCCAUGGGGAGUUAGCAUAACUUGCUGGGUCUAAUUUCCAAUUCCAAAAGAAUGAGAAAGAAACAGAAAUCUGAUUGAUUUCACUACAUGUGAAAUUGUGGUUCCUGAAUUCUAUAUAAAAGUGUAAACCAUCUUUUUCUCUCUCUUUUCAUAUUUUCUGCCGAUCACUAUGUAUUGAGAAUAUCCUUGCAGAUAUAUUCAAUUUGGAUUUUAAUGAGAGGUAACGUCAUUAUUGGAGUGAGUAGAAAACUAGUUUGCUAGCACACACAUUUUCAAUAAUAAGGAGUAGUAAACGCAACUAUUAAGCUAGAAUGCAAAUGUCAGUACUGAAUUCCUGCUUGAGAAUUGUCUAAUCUGUUAUACCUUAGAAAAAUCAUCUCAAGCAUUAGUAAUACCUUAGAUGAUAGUCUCAAGUAUUAGGUUGAGUUCUACCAGUUGGAAAGCUUCUUUGUGUUGGAAGAACCUGUGGGUGGUACCCUGCUGU